GAUGCGAGAUGGUUUGUCAUUCUCCAGGGAGAAACAGUCACUCAACACCGGCUGAAGUACGCUCUGCCCCCUCAAGAAAAGAAAAACAGAGAAACAUUUCAUCAGUUCAUCUGAAGCCAAUUCCUGCUGCUGAUUUGAAAAGGGAUUUUCACACUGGGUUGGGUAUUUCUACAAACUUCAGAAAUGUUCCGAAUCAACAACACCCAAUAUUUCCACUUCCUGCAGCAGGCGGACGCCUUACGUCGCUCGGGGUCACUCUGCGAUGCCAUCAUCUCGGUGAAGAGUCACACGUUCAGGGCUCAUCGACUGGUGCUGGCCUGUGCGAGUAGAAGACUGGCGCAGCAGCUGGCCCAGGCUGACACAGACAGCCCGGCCCACUGUACUCUGGAGUAUUUCUCCCCACGCACGUUCCAGCAGGUCCUGGACUUCACCUACACCCAGGCUGUGGAGGUGUCCGUGGAAGACCUGUACCUGCUGCUGAGAGCCGCCCAGCUGCUGGAGAUGCGCCCGCUGGAGGACCAGUGCCGGAAACAGUUGGAAACCCUCGACCACAGAGCCAGGAGAGAGGAGGAGAGCGGAGAGGCCAAAGAUGUCAAAGAAGAAAAAGAAAGUGCGAAGGACGGGGCUGUCAAGAGAAAAGGAAGUCCGGUUCAAGAGGUGAAACUCAGAGAGUCUCCCUCAACAGUGGAGAAAACAAGCAACAGCGUUGUCACAGAGAAUCAUUCUCCCCCUGAAUCUGCCGAGAACCACAGCAGAUCACCAACCUCAAGAAAGAAGCCGAGACUGUCCCCUCUGUCACCAGCACCCCACAACAGUGUUAUCACCAGCUCACCCCUCUCCUCCUCCUCUUCCUCCUCUUCCUCCUCCUCCUCUCCCUGGGCCUUCUCUGCAAACAUGUGGAACUCUGUGAGCACCCUGAGGAAGAUAGCAGAGAACUACCCAAACUUCUUUGGUGCACAGUCCCCUAGUCAUUCUUCAGUAGCAUACCCAUUCUCCCUCUCUGCUCCCCACAUGUUCCCACUGCUGAGCCCCCACUUUCAAAACCGAGUCCACCACUCUGUGAUGGGCCACUCCGGCCUUUAUCCACACUGUGCACAGAACCUUUACACUGGCUCCACAGGGAUGGGCAGCAUCAUCAAGCAAGGCCUGCUAAAAGCAAAGAAAUCCAGCCAGAGAGCGUUUCACGGGGCCGUGCAGAGCGCCGAGCCGAGUUCCCCUCAAGUGCCCAAAGACAGAGUGGAGAGAGUUACAGACUGCAGGGAGUGCAAGACUCGUCACCCUGGUGAUCCAGCGCAGCAGGAGUCAGCCUCCUCGGCAACAGGUGAGGCGUGUGCAGGGUGUCACUUCUGUGGAAGAGAAGAUGUUGUGCAACGCGAGCCGCCGUCCAAUCACCUUGAGCGACAAUCAACCAGUGGAGACAAACCCUACCAGUGCAAACACUGCCCCAAAAAGUUCAGUCUGAAACAUCAACUGGACACACACCACCGAGUUCACACCGGGGAGAAGCCCUUCGAAUGUCGUCUUUGUGGUCAGCGCUCACGAGACUACUCAGCCAUGAUCAAGCACCUGAGAACUCACGGCGGGGCGGCGCCCUACCAGUGCACGGUGUGCCUGGAGUUCUGCAGCAGUCUGGUGGCCAUGCACAGACAUGUCAAGAGCCACACAGUGCAAGACUUCCCCCCUGACUGGAACAUCAACAGCACUUACCUGUACACCUCCCACAUCUGAGCCACGCCCCACAGACACCUGCAUCUGCACAAAGUUCUCAUAAAGUGUGGCUUUAGUUUGUGGCUCUCGUGUAGUAUCCAUAUAUUUGAGUCACAGAGAUAAGAAUCUGUUUUACUGGAUCAACUCGUGAUGUUGUGUGAGAAGGUCCUUUAACACCAUGACCACAGUUCUGAGGUCAAAAUGCAGGAGGGCCACCAGCCAGGGCUUUACUGUAGCACUAACUUCUCCAUGCACGUUCCAACAGGAGCACACAGAGUUUACUAUUUCACUUUAGGUCAUGUUUGUGCAUUAAAGUCACAUAAACAGCUCGACUUCAUCCAAUGUCACGGACGUCUUCCCUGUACUUCACAAUCACUGAACCAGUUGUGUAAACUAGGUAAGUUAGAUCCCGGUUGAUAGCGCCCUCAUGAGGGGAACAACUGUAACAACCUUUUUUUAUGUUCUGUGACAUUGCUCUAUAGCAGCAUAUCAAAAAGGUACCAGUUGCUUAGAUGUCAUAUUUGCAGCAGGAUAAAAAAAUAGAUUUCUUAUUAAUUGCAGGAUAUUUCAUGCAAGAUUCACCGUUUUUAAUACCUAAUGUGAUAUCAACAUGAUCUUAUUCUAUGUAUUUAGUCCGUCCUUCAAAAACAUGAAUUCAUUCUAAUUCUUUGAGUAAUGAGAGUCUUCAUGAGCAUUCGAGAACACGGCCAUGACCCUUGACACUGUAUGUGUUACCAAAGUCAGUCAAAUUCAACACAAUAAUUUGCUGUAUUUAUAUAUAACACAAGAAAUACGGAGCGAUGUGUGUGAGGUCGUUUAAAUGGGGCGAGAUGAAAUAAAUGAGCUUCUUUAGUGACAAGGACUAGUUCAGUAUUUUAUUUUAUUUUUCUCUGCAUGACCAUUCACUGCCUUCAUUUAUCCUCAAAUACAUGGAUAUACAGUAGUGUGUGUCUCAAAAGUAAAUUGUUACUCUAUUUCACAACUGUCAUAUCUCUGUAGUCCACUGAAGAUUAUUUGCGGGUUUCAUGUGUGUGAGAUAGAAGAUAAAUAAGUUAAU